UGAGACCUCCACGCGCGCGCAACGCGCAAAAGCGCACCUUCCUCGCGACCGCCGCUCCUGGCUUAUAAAGCGAUCGGGAACCGGACAUCGGACACCUUGUGUAGCUUUUUCCGCUCUGCAAAACCCGACGGGCGUUCCUGGAGCUGCGCGCGAGCCGCGGGAACUCAAUGUGAGCGUGCGAGGAGCACCUGAGAGCGAGACGGCAGCCAGCUUUACAGUGACUUACUUACCACUUACCAUACUAGAGCAGGGUGCUCCUACUGUGACGCCAGGGGUGUAACUACCGUGAUCAGGGCACUGCAGCAGGAGGAGGGGAUCGAACCAGCAAACUUAAGCUCCAUAAUUACCCCAUAUGGUCGGACGAGACAUCCCCCACAUGGAGCGCGAACACAGUCCCGUUCCGGUGCCAGACGACAGCCCCGUGUCCAGCCCCAGUUCCAGCCCCAGCUCCGACAUGCUGUCGCCGGACCGGCGCCGCGCGGACACCCUCGCGCGCGCCAGGCUCGUGCAGAGCGCGGGGCUCGGGGGCAGGGGGCGUCCGGCGGCGGCCAACGCGGCCCGGGAGCGCAGCAGAGUGCAGACCCUGCGGCACGCCUUCCUGGAGCUCCAGAGAACACUGCCCUCGGUGCCGCCCGACACCAAGCUGUCCAAACUGGACCUCCUGAUCCUGGCCACGACCUACAUCGCCCACCUGACCAGGACCCUGCAGGAGGAGGGCAUGGAGGAGGGCGAGAGCACGAGGCACAGCGAGCUGCUGCACUCGCUCAAAGGGGACGGCUACCUGCACCCUGUCAAAAAAUGGCCAAUGCGAUCCAGGCUUUACGUGGGAGCGACUGGACAGUUUCUGAAUAACUCAGGACAGAGUGAGAACUCUAACCAAAGUAAAUCGUCAUCCACCUCUCAGACAUAAAUCACUUCAGGCACAAACGCAUUAUGUUUUGUGUUAUGAAAGAUGAAGGCUGAAAUGACCAGGCAGAUAAGAAAAUGAAAGUUACGUCUGACUCCAGUGUGUUCAUUGCGUAUUUAAAACAUUUUCCUCCCAUUGUGUAUUUACAGAACAUUGUUAGCCUCCUUACUCUUUAAAGAUUUGUCUCUCAACCAGUCCAUGUGAAAAGCUACAAUAUUAUCUUACACGAAUUAUAUAUAGACAAAUGCAGUAAUAUAUGUUUCCCAGCUUGUA